AUGACUUGUGCGAGAUGUGGUUGUGGAGUAUUCAAAGCAGAAGAUCAAAUCAUUAUGAAUAAAGUAUGGCACAAGUGUUGUUUUCGUUGUAAUAGAUGUAAUAAAGUACUAGAUAAAUGUUCUGCAAAACUAUUUCAAGGCGAAAUAUUUUGUGAAUGCUGUCAUGCGAUUGUUUUGGAAGAUUUUGAAACUUUGCUAAGACCCUGUCGUGUAGUUUCUUCACCAAGUUGUAUUUGCAUAAAGCGAGAAAGUCAAUAUAUAAAUAAAACUCCAUCUUUUGACUAUUCGAAGAAGUACGAUAUAUGUUUUCCAUCGGAAAUAAAGAAUAAUUUAACGAGAAAUAUUCAGUCAUGCAGUUGCAUUCCUGAUGUAAAAAAUAAGGCCUAUUGUUUUGCUUUUCCUAUGCCCAGAGAAGUGGCAAAUUAUUAUAAUAGGACAGGUAUGAGGAGAAGAAACCGUUAUGCUUCUCAAAAACGCCACACAAGCAACGACAAAUCAGACCACAGUCAAAAAAACAAUGACAUGCAACCCACUAUAAGAAUUAGAACCAUCACGCCCCCAAGGAAAAGAGGUUCGCCGAUCAGGGUUCGAUGUCCUUAUCCCAGGGAAGAAAGUCCCCAAAGAGGCCCUCAGGGAUAUACCUGCUGUUCGAAAUAUAAUUGUCGUCCUUGUAGUAAGUGCGAUGCAGAAUGUCCACGUUAUACGCUUCCUGUCCGUGAAAAUUCAGUAUCGUGUUGUGCCUGUAGGAAGUGUCGAGAAUAUCGCUGUAAGGAGCUUGAUGGUAAAACUAGACAUCCUUCGCCUCCAAGAAGGAACUACUCGCCCCCCAGAAAAUCCCCAUGCCGCUGUAUCCAUUGCGUCGAAACUUGCGGCGAGAGUACUGAAGUUCCAGAACUUAUUCAACAUUCGCCCCGUUCCCCGCGUCCUUGUGAUUGUCCCCGUCAAAAAGACCGUAUCCAUUGUGAGCGUCCUUGUUGUCCCAUCGAUCGUCCACAUCAUCCAGAAUCGCCACCCCGCAUUCAAGAUUGUAUGUUCCAUAAGUGUUGUAAAGAUCAUUCACCUAGCCGUAAAGAGUGCACCUGUAAAGAGUGUCCCCGUACCUGUGAAGACUGUCCCCGAAGUUGUAAGGACUGCCCGCGAGGCUGUAACGAACCAAUUCGUAGCCGCAAAGAACACGCUCACGCCUGCGUCGAUUGUCCCCGAGGCUGCAGUGAUUGUCCCCGCGGCUGUAUUGAUUGUCCACGCGUAUGCAAAGAUUGUCCCCGCAACUGUAAGGACUAUCCGCCUCUCAAUCAAUGUUCGUGUUGUCCUUACGUCGUCGACGCUUAUCCUAGUCGCUAUAAAAAACAUGGCAAGAAUAAUUCGUGUCGUUGCGACAAACCGAAAAAGUACUGUGUUUGUGGAAAGCUGAGUCCUUGCGAUUGUAAAAUGAAUCAAAUCCAGUCGGAAUGUACUUCAGUUUGUGUAAGGUGUGGCUGUAAGGUUUACGCAGCAGAAAAAAUUUGCGUAUCUAGCGGUUCGUAUCAUACCAGUUGUUUUUCGUGUGUGUGUUGCCAUAAGCUAUUGGACAUUAAAAACGUCUACGAAAAUGGAGGGGAGAUUUACUGCAAACAUUGUUACAAUAAUUUAAUGGGUAACUCGUAUUACGGAUAUACAUGA